CAUAUUAUCAGAGGCGGAACAUUCAAUCUCUCACUCUCUCUGAAUCACCCUCUGCCAUUUCCCUCGUUUUCAUCGAACUCUUCUUCUUCUUCUUCUUCUUCUUCUUCCUCUCUCCAUCCCUCUCUCUCGAGAUCGAGGAACAGGGGUUCCUUCGCCUCCCUGCAUAUGGCAAUGGACGCUUCCAUGAUCACCAAUUGCAAAUCCAUCGCUUCGCCUCCCUUUCUAUUCUUGGGGAGGACGGGAGGUAUUAAAAGUUCUCAGUGUAACUUCACUUUGGGAAGAAGAGUUAGCUUCCCCAGUCAAAGAUCUCAGACUGUUAAGGUUAGUCGGAAGGCUAAGAAGGCAGGAGGUGGGGCUCUGGCUGCUACAUGCAGUGGUGAUAAAAUUCUAGUAGCGAAUAGAGGUGAAAUUGCAGUCCGUGUAAUCCGAACUGCCCAUGAGAUGGGGAUUCCUUGUGUAGCUGUCUAUUCAACCAUAGACAAGGAUGCCCUUCAUGUGAAACUGGCUGAUGAAGCAGUUUGCAUCGGUGAAGCUCCCAGCAGCCAAUCGUACCUGUUGAUACCAAAUGUUCUGUCUGCUGCUAUUAGCCGUGGAUGUACAAUGCUUCAUCCGGGAUAUGGUUUCCUUUCGGAGAAUGCUCUCUUUGUUGAAAUGUGCAGAGAGCAUGGGAUCAAUUUUAUUGGACCCAAUCCUGAUAGCAUCCGUGUCAUGGGUGACAAAUCAACUGCCAGGGAGACAAUGAAGAAUGCUGGUGUUCCAACUGUACCAGGAAGUGAUGGAUUAUUACAGAGCACUGAAGAAGCAAUAAGGGUUGCCAAUGAGAUUGGGUUCCCUGUAAUGAUCAAGGCAACAGCUGGUGGUGGGGGACGUGGAAUGCGUCUCGCUAAGGAGCCAGAGGAGUUUGUAAAGUUGCUACAGCAAGCUAAGACUGAGGCCGCUGCUGCUUUUGGCAAUGAUGGAGUUUAUCUGGAGAAGUUUGUCCAGAAUCCCAGACACAUCGAGUUCCAGGUUCUUGCCGAUAAAUAUGGCAACGUUGUGCAUUUUGGUGAGCGUGACUGCAGUAUCCAGAGACGUAACCAAAAGCUUUUGGAAGAAGCACCUUCUCCUGCAUUGAGCGCUGAGUUGCGGAAAGCCAUGGGUGAUGCAGCAGUUGCUGCAGCAGCAUCUAUUGGGUACGUAGGUGUUGGUACCGUGGAAUUUCUUCUGGACGAGAGAGGUUCCUUCUAUUUCAUGGAAAUGAACACUCGGAUUCAGGUUGAGCACCCUGUGACGGAAAUGAUUUACUCUGUUGAUUUGAUUGAGGAGCAAAUUCGUGUUGCUAUGGGAGAGAAACUUCGUUACAAACAGGAAGAUAUUGUGCUCAGAGGACACUCAAUUGAAUGCCGUAUUAACGCAGAAGACCCGUUUAAAGGAUUCAGACCUGGCCCUGGCAGAAUAACAGCAUACUUACCAUCUGGAGGUCCUUUCGUUAGAAUGGACAGCCAUGUUUAUCCCGACUAUGUUGUUCCUCCAAGCUAUGAUUCCCUUCUUGGAAAGCUCAUUGUGUGGGGGCCGACAAGAGAAAAGGCUAUUGAGCGGAUGAAACGUGCACUAGACGACACUAUUAUUACAGGGGUUCCCACCACAAUCGAUUACCACAAACUUAUCCUUGACGUUGAGGAUUUCAGAAACGGAAAAGUUGAUACGGCUUUCAUUGUGAAGCACGAAGAGGAGCUAGCCGCUCCUCAGGAUAUCGUAGCAGUGACAAACUCAGCUGCUGCUUAGAAGCAAAUGACGGGAAAUGCCGUUUUUUUGGUUGUCUUUUUUGUGUUUCUGUGUCAGCAUUUUGGAGAGUCUUGGAAUAAAAAUAGGAUGUUUCUGUUUUUUUUUUUUUACAUUCUCUUUGGGAACUCUAACUGGUUUUGUGUUUUGGUGAGUCUCUGAUGUAUUUGCGAUAACAUGACCAUUUUUAUGCUUUUUUAUUUUUAA